AUGUCAAAUAAAACAUACAAUGACUUAAUUUGUGAUACAUCAGAAUUAAUAGUUGAAGCAACGCAAGCGGACGAAGCGGUUUUCGAAGCUGGCAGCGCUGAAAGGUCAACUUUCGAGCCCUUGUUAUCUGAUUUACGUAUAAGAUAUACGGUGCUAUUGUCUAGACUAGACGCGGUGUACGACCAACUCCUGCAGCCGCAAAAGCGCUUGAUUGUCAAACGACUACUUGAAGCUUGUUUGGGACGCCUUUUAGAAAUAAAACACGAUCUGGUUGAACUUCAUCUAUCAGAUUUAACUUACGACGAUGAUGAGGUACUUGUUAAACUUGGAGUUACGCCGCAUGAAGCAGAGCCAUGUGUUCCUCAAUAUUUCGUUAGAGAAAGAGAAGAGGAAAUUGAAAAGAAACGCUAUUUUAUAACCGAUACAUUGAGGAAGCUUGGUUAUGAGCCUCCUAAACCACGAUCUUUGGUGCUAACUGAACAACAAGCUGUCAUUAUAAUUCAAAGCCAUGAGAGGGCAAGACAAGGAAGACUUAGAGGCCAGUUUAUGAAAGAAAUUCGUCUUUUAAAAGAAAAGGGUCGAGAUCAAAAGGGGGAGAUGUCAGCUUCAGCAGCAACAGCUAUUCAGCGGGUUUGGAGAGGUUUCAUAGCAAGAAGAGAUACAAAAAGAAGAAAACAUGAGGAACAACUCCUGAUAGGAAUGAAAUUAGCCCCCUAUUCGGAAUCGAAGGCAAUAAAAAAAACAGAAGAAGUUAAAGAAUUACGUCGUAAGGUCCAAAAACAGUAUGAACAAGAAUACCAAGACGCAUUAGAAAGAAUCGAAGAGCAACUGCGAAAUCAGCACGGAGUUAAAAUAAAUGAACGCAUCGGAGAUGAACUAAGAAGAUGGAUUUCAGAAUACUUUGAGAGAACUGGAAAAUUUCCUGAAUUUCCUUCAGAAGAUGGUGGUGGUAGCAGAGCAAUGUUUAGUAGACAAGGUACAGGGAUGGAUAGUGAUCUAAGUAAAUCGUCACCUGUUUCUUCAAAGGAUUCGAAAAAAAGCAAAGAGAGUAAAGAUAAAAAGAAUAAUAAAGUAGAAGAUAACAAAAACAAAGAUGAAGCGGAAGACUUGAAGUCUUUUAAAUGUUCUACUUCAGCGUUUUUAAAAGAUAUUGUUAGCGCCAACGAAGAAUACGAAGAUAUAUGGAAAUUUAGAGAAGAAGAUAUAAAAAACGAAGAAAAAUGUGACAAAGAUAUGAUAGAGAGAGAAAAAAUGAUAAAGAUAGAACAAGAAAUUCGAAACAUUGUUGAUGAUAUGAUGCGAAGCGAGUUAGAACUUUUACAGGCAGCGUUGGAUAGAGAUAGAGCUCACAAAGGAAAAAAAGCUAAAAAACCACAAAAGAAAGUACGACGUGGAGGUAAAAAGAGCAAGAAAAAGAAGGAAAAAGAUUUAACGCCCGAUCGAACCACUGAAUCACUUUUUGAAGAAUUGGUAACCAAUGGAAUCAUACGUCCAUUUCCCUUAGUAAAAAUCGAUGAUUUCAUAGGUGAGAAAAGCUUUGUUGCAUCGGAUUGUAAGAGUCAGGGUCAAGAACCAUUACCAUGUUUAGGUGAUAUACGUCAACUGGUAAAGGAAUUCUGUAUACUUCCUCUUGGAUCUGAACACGUGAGGACCAAUUCACCUCUAGUAAGAUCAGUACUCAUUUCAGGUCCAUCGGGAAGUGGAAAGAAAAUGUUAGUGCAAGCAAUUUGCAGUGAAACUGGAGCCACACUUUUUGAUUUGACACCAGGAAAUUUAGUAGGAAAAUAUCCAGGCAAAUCGGGACUAAUAAUGCUGAUACAUCUCGUUAUGAAAGUAUCAAGACUUCUUCAACCAUCAGUACUAUGGAUGAACGAUGCCGAAAAACCUUUUGUGAAGAAGAUACCAAAAACAGAUAAAACAGAUCCGAAAAGGCUUAAGAAAGAUUUGGUAAAGAUCAUUAAAGGAAUUUGUCCAGAAGAUCGUGUUUUAUUCGUGGGCACAUCUCGAACACCAUGGGAAGCAGAACAAAAGCUCCUUUUCCAAUGUUAUUCAAAAGUCAUACAAAUUCCGAGGGCUGAUUAUGGAAGUAUAUCUUUGAUGUGGCGUACGUAUUUGCAUAAAGCUGGUGCCUUAUCACCUAAAUUAGAACUAUCGUGUUUGUCAAGAGUCUCUGAUUCUUAUACGAUCGGUACUUUACUAGCAGCAUUGGAUACAGUUCUGACCACGAAAAGACGUCUUCAGUUAAGAGUCAGAGCAUUCACUGCACAAGAAGUUGCUGUACAACUCAGCUCUUUUGAGCCAGUUUAUGUUGAGCAUGAUAUGGCGGCCGAAUCAUGGUGGUCAAAAACUCCAAUGGAAAAGAGGAAACAAAGAGUUAUGCAAAGAUUGCUGGAGUUAGAGCAGGAGAACGAAGAAAGAGCCGCUGCGGGAAAAUAA